AUGGAGCGAAAGCUGAGCCCAAGGCUGAGAGCUUAUAUUCCAUCUGGAACGGUGGACAAUACCACUGACUUCUUACGUGACUUCUGCAAGGUACUAACUACUGACGGAAGCAACAAUUUGGUGGAAGAUAUUUUAGCGUGUGAAACCGACGAAGAGCUUCGGCAACUGGUCGAAAGUAUCAGGACUGGUUUAGUAGUACCCAUGCGAGCGCAUGGCGGCAAGACACCUACCGAAGCCACUCCGUCUCCGCGUUCUGGGGUUGAAGAUUCAACCGAGACUCUCAAGGGCCUCAAUAUCGAGCCCAUCACCAGAAACCCCCAGUUGCAACUCCGGCGCCACUGCCUAGAGAGAGAUGGGAAUAAAUGCCUUGCAACGGGGUAUUACAGUUUCGACCACGACCAUCCACCCAACGCACUAACGACCCGUCUUGAAGCUGCUCACAUCAUUCCAUUUGCUCUUGGAUCGUUUCGGGCCAGUGACAGCGAGGUAUUUAAUAGACAUGCGAGUAUCUGGGUCAAUCUGAAGCGAUAUUUUCCAGUUCUUCGUGAGAUGUCCUUCACCUCAGAACAGAUCAAUUCGGAGAAGAACAUGAUGAUGCUAGACCAGCGGUUUCACAAAGAAUUCGGUCAAUUCAACAUCGUUUUUGAAGCAGCCGGCGUGCCUCACCAGUACCGGAUCAAGGCCUUUCCAGGGGCGGUCCCAACAAGUGUACUACGUGAGUUGCCCGAGAACUCGCUCGUCGCUUUCAGGGUCCACAAAGGAAGUUGGGAACUUCCAGACCCCCGAUUUCUCCAAAUCCACGCGUGUAUUGGCAACUUCCUACAUAUGAGUGGCCAGGGGGAGAUCAUCGACAAGAUUCUGAGAGAUUUCGGCGACUGUGGUGGGCUUGCGCCCGAUGGAGGCACCAACCUCGAGGACCUUCUUGCGGUCAGCAGCCUCUCGCUACUAAGAACGAAAGUCAACGAGACGCCCGGUGACCCAAACUCUGCAGAAAAGCAACGUGAGCAACGUCCCCGGGGGAAGCAAGGCUCUGGCACCGGGAAUAAACCAUGGGCAUAG